GUUCUCUUCGUUUUUUUCUUUCAUUUACUGUUGGAAUUUCCUGAAAGUCAAGCAGAGUCUCUUGGACAAUUACAAGCUUUUGUGUGUGUGUGUGUGUGUCUCUCUCUCUCUCUCUCUGGCUCUUGAUCCUGUUGUUUUCGAUUUUGAAUUAACCACUUUUUCGAUGAAGUCAUUUAUAUUUCCUGAUUUGGAACAAUCAUGUUUGUUUUUAACCCAAAGUGGACAAGAACAGCAACUUUUGAAGCUCGUUUUCCACAUGGGUGUCUGAAUUUUUAUACUUUACCGGCUCCUGUUUAUCAUUGCUUCAAUUUCAAUCAUUACCCCAACUGGGUACAACUGACUUGGUGUUUGGAGUAAGAAUUUCAUGAUUUACAGACCCUUUUACCUUUGGCUUUGUUCAUCUUGUUGAAUCACUUUCAAUCUUCUUGUAAAGCUUCUCUCUCUCUCUCUGAGAUUUAUGUGUGUUCCUGGAAAAUUCUGAAGAGUUGACUUAGUUGACUGCAGUCACUGAAAGAUGAAAGCUUUGAAGCUUCGUCUUCUGAUUCCCACUUGAAGGUUUCUUGAUGAGAGUUGCUGUGAAGAUGUUGGAGAAGAUUGGAGAGUUCAACAUGGAGAAGGUCAUAGAGGAUUUUGAAGCAAUGACAAGUGAUGCGGAGAGGAUCCAGAAGGAGACCCUCAAGAAGAUUCUUGAACAAAACAGAUCCGCGGAGUACUUGCAGCUUCUGGGACUCAAUGGAAGAACUGACCUGGAGAGUUUCAAGAGGGUUGUUCCUCUUGUUACUCACACGGAUUUGGACCCUUAUAUUCAGAGAAUUGCAGAUGGUGAUUCCUCUCCAGUUCUCACUGGAAAACCAAUCACAACAAUCUCACUGAGUUCUGGUACUACUCAAGGAAGGUCAAAGUUUAUACCUUUCAAUGAUGAACUGAUGGAAAAUACCAUGCAGAUAUAUCAAACCUCUUUUGCCUUCAGAAACAGGGAGUUUCCUAUUGGGAAUGGGAAGGCCUUACAGUUCAUCUAUGGAAGCAAGCAGUUCCAAACUAAAGGUGGUUUGGCAGCUGGAACUGCCACCACCAAUGUUUACCGUUGUUCAAAGUUCAAGGAGACAAUGAAGGCAAUGCAGACCCCUUGCUGCAGCCCUGAUGAAGUAAUAUUUGGUCUUGAGUUCCACCAAUCCCUUUAUUGCCAUCUGUUAUGUGGACUGUUAUUCAGUGAUGAAGUUCAGUUGGUAUCCUCAACAUUUGCUCACAGCAUAGUCCAAGCCUUCAGAACCUUUGAGCUAUUGUGGGAGGAACUAUGUGCUGACAUUCGAGAUGGCAGUCUCAGCAGCCGGAUCACAGUCCCAUCAAUCCGUGCAGCCAUGUUGAAAUUACUCGAGCCAAACCCGGAAUUGGCUGAUUCGGUUUACAGAAAAUGUUCAGGACUGAGUAACUGGUAUGGACUGAUACCAGCCCUUUUUCCAAAUGCCAAGUACAUAUAUGGUGUUAUGACUGGGUCAAUGGAGCUUUAUUUGAACAAGCUGAGGCACUAUGCAGCGGACUUACCUUUGUUGAGUGCUGAUUAUGGUGCUUCUGAAGGUUGGAUUGCAGCAAAUGUCAACCCAAAGGUACCAACUGAGAUGACCACUUAUGUUGUGCUCCCUAAUAUUGGCUACUUUGAAUUCAUCCCUGUUAGGGAUGGCAUUGAUUUCAAGCCAGUGGGUCUUACUGAAGUGAAAAUUGGUGAAGAGUAUGAGGUUGUGGUCACUAAUUUUGCAGGUUUGUACCGAUAUAGACUAGGAGAUGUAGUGAAGGUGAUGGGGUUCCAUAACUCGACACCUGAGCUCAAAUUCCUCUGCCGUAGCAAUCUUCUGCUCACCAUCAACAUUGACAAGAACACCGAGAAAGAUUUGCAGAUAUCUGUUGAAGAAGCAGCCAAGCUUUUAGCUGCAGAAAAAUUAGAAGUUGUUGAUUUUUCAAGCCAUGUAGACUUGUCCACAAACCCUGGUCACUAUGUGAUCUUCUGGGAACUUAGUGGUGAAGCAUCCCAAGAGGUUCUCAAUGAAUGCUGCAACUGUUUGGACAAGUCUUUUGUGGAUGCAGGCUACAGGAGCUCAAGGAAAGUCAACGGAAUAGGUCCACUCGAGCUCCGAAUUCUUCGGAAGGGAACUUUCCAAAAGGUUCUCAACCAUUACCUUGCACAAGGAUCUGCUGUUAAUCAGUUCAAGACCCCAAGAUGUGUAGGGGUUAACAACAGCAAGGUUUUGCAAAUCCUAUGUGGCAAUGUAGUUAGGAGCUUCACUAGUACUGCUUAUGAUAUAUAAGUCGAUAUAGAUUGGACGUUGUUGGUUAAUUUUCCAUAUGGAUCCAAUAUGUUUUUAGCUUUCUUAA